UAUGUCAAGUUUUUUUACAUUGGUAUUUGUAUGUACUUCGCAUCCGUUCCAUACACUUAUAAUCUAUCGGACUACAAGUUUAUGACCCGUACGCGCUUGUAUUUCAUUCCAAACAAAACGAUUCAAAAUAACGUUACCGUUAAUAUGUUUUCUCUCGAUUUUUCCCAAACUUUAUUGUAUGCAAAGUAGAAUGAUCGGACGUUUAAAUUCCUAUCGCGAGUACUGGUGCGAAUUCAGUGAUAUGUACAAGAAGGUAAUUUAGGGUGACCGUGGAUGACUCGAAAAUGUUCCCACGUUUCCGCUUCGCAAGUGUGUGUCAGGCGUGCGUGUGAAAUUCCUUAGCGAGGAAAUGAACGCCCAGGGGCAGGAACACGGUCAUGCUGUGGUUGUUUGGGAAUGGGAAAAUCGUCACGGACGAUGGAGGCCCUAUAGUCCUGCGGUGUCGCAACAUCUCGAGCGGGCACAUUGCAAAAAACUCACAAGGGUUUUUCUUAAUGACGCCGAUCCAAAUUUGGAUAGGUAUUACAUAAACUUAAAAACUAAAAUGCAAUGUAGCGAAGAUAGAGAUGAAACACAUAAUGUCAGAAGAAAGUUUUACCUUCCAAGUUCACCAGCCGGAAAGGGAGCUAAAUGGGAAUGGGCUGGUGAUACAGAUGAUUGGCACACAUACGACAUGGAAGUCCAAUGUCUUAUAGAGGAAGCAUGGGCAAGAGGUGAAAAAACUAUUGAUGUUUCUAAAACAUAUUUAGGUUUCCCUUAUAUUAUCAAUUUUUGCAAUUUAACACAAGUACGUUGCUGUACUGGAUAUGUAAGACCGAUACGACGUAUUCAACAAGCACCUUAUCCUUUAGUUAAAGUUGCUUUAGAAGAGUUACAGAUUAUUUCUGGAAAAAAAGCUAAUUGUGUAACUAUUAAAAGUUCCACUACAAAAGUAGCACAUAAGAAAUUGUCUACAGGAAAUACAAAAAAGAGUAGUAAAAAGGGAAAAAAUGGAGAUACCGGUCCAACAAACAUUGCACGGGUUAUACUCAGCAACUUUAACAUAUUUAGUAAUAAACAUGGUAUAGAAAACAGUAAUUCAGUUGCAUCUAUUGAAUCUGGACAAAAAAGAAAAACAUGGGAUAAUGUUCUCGAUGUAGAUUCUAGUAGUACCAAAAGUGGACGUAGACCCAGUGUUGAUACUGUUUCUACAUACUUGAGUCACGAGAACUCGGUAGAUUUGUUAGAUAACAGUAUGGGGAGCGAUGAUGCAUUUAAAGAUUCUCUUUUGAGUACGGAAACUGAAGCAGAUGUUAUUUCCCAAUAUGUAAAAGUAGUAGAAAGCGAUGAUUCCGAUUCUUGUCCGGUGUGUCUCGGUAUGCCUGAACCAUUAACGGUAGAAUUAACUCGCUGUAGGCACAGGCUACAUUUAGCAUGUUUGAAUGCAAUGCUAAGUUGUCAACAACCUCCUUUGUAUAUACAAUGUCCUGUUUGCCGUUUAAUUUAUGGAGAGAAAAGAGGAAAUCAACCUCCUGGAACAAUGAAUUGGACAAGGAUACCACGGGCUCUGCCUGGAUUCCCGAAUACAAAUACAAUCCAAAUAACUUACGAUAUUCCAUCAGGAAUUCAAGGAAAUGAACAUCCUAAUCCUGGUCAAGCCUAUUACGCUGUAGGUUUUCCACGAGUAUGUUAUCUUCCAGAUAAUAAUCUAGGUCGAAGAGUUUUAAGAUUACUACAAAUUGCUUUCGAACGUAAAUUGAUAUUUACGAUUGGUCGGUCGGUAACUACUGGAUUAGAGGACGUAGUAACGUGGAAUGAAAUCCAUCAUAAAACUGAAUUAGGACCAUCAACAUCCAAUCAUGGCUAUCCUGAUACAAGUUACCUUGAGAGAACUUUAGCUGAAUUGGCAGCACAAGGCGUAACGGACGGGCAACCACCAUGUAUCCUAAAUCAAUAAUUGCAUUGAAAUACCGUUUGUGCAUUUAAUGAUUUUUAAGCGUACAAGUAUUAAUGUUAAUAUUCUCCAUACACAAUAUGUUACACUAAUCUUUUACAGGGUAAAAAUGUUUUUUUGGAGACUUUCAAAAAGACAUACAUAGGAGUACUACUGCAGUACCCUUCUAACUUGAGUGCAAAUAUUAAAGAAAUACAAAAUCAAAUUUCAUAUUUUGAACUAUAAAAUUAUUGAAGCAUUUAUUUUUUUACAAUUUAUAUAUAAAAUGUGGAACAUUUUUAAG